UUCCCCGGUCAGAGAAGAGUUACUUUGCUGAUAUGGUACACUUUGCAAACUUGUAUCAUUGCAGGCAAUACGAUUCCUCUUCUGUGAGCUAAUGAUGUCUAAGCAUGAAUUUUUUUCAGUAGAGCAUUAUUUGUUUUCCCUAUGACAAUUUGUAUGUGAAGUACUAAGUUCAUCCAUUUCUAAUAUUUAUAUUAUUUAUUUAUGAACUGAUAUUUACAUUGCUGAUUGCCUUGUAGAAAAAAUGUCAACCGAUUCUCUGGUUUCAUGUUUUCAUUUGACAGAUAGCAAAAUAAAAAUGCCUAAGGUAAAGACAAACCGCAUUAAAUAUCCUGAAGGGUGGGAAUUGGUUGAGUCUACGCUCAAUGAACUUCAAGCAAAGAUGAGAGAAGCUGAGAGUGAUCCGAACGAUGGAAAAAGAAAAUGUGAGGCACUGUGGCCUAUAUUCAAGAUUUCUCAUCAGAAGAGCCGCUACUUAUUUGACCUCUACCGCAGGAAAGAAAUCUCUCAGGAAUUGUAUGAAUUCUGUAUAGAGCAAGGAUAUGCUGACCGCAAUCUAAUUGCAAAAUGGAAGAAGCCUGGUUAUGAGCGUCUAUGUUGCUUGAGGUGCAUGCAACCACGGGAUCUUGUCUAA